UGGUAGGGGCGUGAAAAGAGGGAAGAGAAGACGAGGCGUGAUCGUGCGGACGGCACGGAUCUCGUGCGGCACCUCAUUCUUAUCUGGAUAUUCCGGAUCAUCUUCGACCACCCGCGUGCCACCCUCUCCCCUCCCCCCCCUCCCCCCAUUGAAGCCCCCGAUGGCGGCGUGUUAAAAAACCGGCUGUUUUGUUGACGUUUUGCAUGUAGACGAUACCGCGCGAGAUCGGGCUCAGGAUGAUGAAGAUAUCGGCGCUCAACGAGGAGUCCAGCGAGGAAAGCGAGGAGGAGGAUGUACCCACGAUCACGAAGGAGGCGCAGGAACAAAUAGCGCUGACGGAAUACAACAAGGCCCUGGAGCUGUUGAAGGAGGACAAAUGGGAGGAGGCGCUGACCAUCUUCAAGGACCUCCUGGACACCGAGCUGUUGGACGAGGUGGGGAAGCCCGAGGUGCCGGACGGAAGGUCCAGGCCGAUGCUGUCCCUGAAGUACUCCUGCUACAAGAACAUCGGCGCCAUUCAGGCGGCCCGCGAGAAUUACGAGGCUGCCGUGGAGAAUUACUGGGAGGCCGCGAACCUGGACGAUUCCGACGUGACGCUGUGGCACAGGAUCGGCACGUUGGCCAUGAAGACCUCCAACCUGGAGCUCGCCUGCUCGUCGUUCAGGCAAGGCCUGAAGUGCAAUCUCAAUCACUGGCCGUGCUUGGACAACCUCAUAACUGCCUUGUACGCCGUUCCCGAUUACAUGAACUGUCUGCUGUACAUUUCCGUGGCGCUGGAGAGGGAUGCGAAUUACGUGAAGGGUCUGGCCUUCCGCGACAGGAUAUUCAAGGACAUUCCGUGUAUGGAGGAAUGCUACAAGCUGUACAACAGCGAUUGGCAGUUAGAUCCACCUUUGUACACCGAGUACGAUCACGUGUUGGGCGACAAAUUACUGGCGGAGGCGAAGGAGGUUUCCAAGAAGUGGGCGGAAGUUUGCAAGGCCGAAUUCACGCCGAAAUCCUUGCCAGAGCUGACUUUGAGAGUGCCCCUGACGAGCUACACGUGGCUGGCUCUCGGAGAGAGCCUACUGGACAUGCAUAGGUACAUCACCGAGAACAAUUUGAACUUUGUUAGUAAAAUUGUAUUGUCGGUUCAGAAGCCCGACGAUAAGAGCGCGGCGAGUAACGAGGGGGAGACUGCGGAAGGUAAUGCGAAUGUGAUGGAGGUGGAUCCGCAAAACGACGUGAUUGCGAACGGAGAGGCCGAUAUCAAGAUCGAAACGGAAGAUUGCGAGAUGUCGGACGACAAUCAAGCCUUCAACGCGGACACGGCGAUGGAGAUUGAAAUCGAAGAGGACAAGAAGUCUUGCUCGAGCGACGUGCAAAUUGUCGAGGAUGAGGACGCGUUGAGGAUGUCCGACACGGACGGUUUGCAGUGCGAGGAACAGGCCGAAGCGAAAAACAUGGAAACGGAGGAGCAGAUGCACUGCGAGGCGGAUGCGAAUAUCGACAAGUUGGAGAGCGACAAGGUCGCCGACGAUAUUUACGGCAUGGACAACGGAGCGCCUAAUGAGAAGUCGAGCGACAAGGAGAGUGAUAAAUCGAGCGACAAGGCGUCUGAGAGGGGUGCUGAGAAAGCGGGCGAUGCGAUGUGCAAGGCGGACGACAAAACCAAUUCCGAGAAGGCUGACGGAAAGGAGGAAGGACAGAAGGUGAAGAAAAGGCGCAGAAGUGCAUUAUGCUUUUUGCAGCAGUGGGCCUGGAGCAGCAUUGCGGCUUGCAGCAGCAUGAGACGAUCCGCGAGAGUGAGAGGCUCGAACAGGAGGGAAGCCGAGAGGGACGAUGUUCAGUUGGAGGAAACGCUUAGAAGAUUGUUCCCUAGUACCUUGUUACCCGACACGGUAAGAUUGACUAAAGACGACGCUAGUAAAAAUAUGGAUGAUUCCAUGGACACUAUGGAUAUGUACCAGUUGUUUGCGAAUCAGGACGCUAAUAAAAAUGUGGAAACUCUCAAAAGCUCGGAAAGCUCGAAAUCGCCAAGUCCCGACGCAAGUCAACCACAGAAAUACUUCGGGUCGGAAGUAGAAACUGCCGAUGUGGACGCAUUUAUAAACCAGCACAGCAGUAAGAGCAAUUUAAUGAUAAUCAUUACGAAAUUUGCGGAAUUUUUGUGUACCAAAUGGAACCAGGAAUGGCCGAAGGGAAUGUCGGACGUUUAUCUACAGGCAUACGUCUUUAUGAGACAACAUAUUCCGCAUUUGUCGCCGUUCGAUGAGGAUGUGAAUGACAAAGUUCUGAAAUUGGACACCGAAGCGACAUUGUUGUUCGGCGAGCUUCAUACAGACAGGUGGCUCGAUAAUAAACCAGACACCUUGCCAAGCCCAACAUUGGAUAAGCUUGGCACUGGUAUGCCAGCAGAAGAAUUGGGACAUAUAAUAUUUGCAAGUGUUAGACAGGAUCUUCUAAAUGAAGAAAAUUUAUAUACAUUACUGAGAAUUCUGUGGCUUAAAAGUAACAUUUUCCUGUGCCAAGGUGACAUAGACAUAGUCAUAGAAACGUUAGAACUGUUGUUGAAUCGUCUACAUGAAAUGGAAAGUAAAAGUCUAAAUCCGUGUAUUAUGCUUUUAAAUUGUAAGAAUAACUCUCAAAUUAGUGCCAAACUUGUAAAGAAAAAGUUGACGUCGAUUCAGAGGGGUCAAAAGUUAGGCGAGAUACAACAUCUGUAUGAGGAGAAGAAAUAUGCGGAAUUGUCUUACAUAUUGCAGGAUACUUUUAAAUUUGCCAAACAGAGACACAAAUUGUUGGGGGCUAAUGAAAAUAUCGUUGACAGAGUUCGACAAUUAAACAUGUUACUUGACAGCUUGUGGCAACUUCAACAUUAUGAAGAAUGUUACGUUUGGGCGGAGGCCUGUCUGAAUGAAUCGUGGCAAAAUUACUUGAAUUCCUCAGACGAAGCUGAGCAGAAGAAGUGGACGAGUUCUGUUGUAACGGCACUUGAGAAAUUAGAAGCUUGUACGAUCGAAGCCAGUGUUUUCGUUGUGAAAUAUUUAUCAGAGUCUCGUCUAUCGAGAUUAGUACAAAAUUUAGUUCACAUUGUUUGUCAUCAAUUGGAUGUACCAGAAAAUGCUGUGGAGAUGCCGUUGGAGACUGUUCUACCUUGGAUCCUAUUACAUUACGUUCUGCAAUACAAAGAAGACAAGGAAAGGGCGAAGACGGAGUCUCCUUACAAAAAUAAAUCGCACAGUUCUCAUAAUUCCGAAUCGGACGACGAGGACGACGGCAUACCGCCGUCCAUCAUGAUUCUGUUCAUUGCUCACGAAUUUAUCGGUCGACAUUCGUGGUGUUGUUUCAACGAGGCGAAACUCCUGUUCUUCAUCAUGAAUCUUAUCAUACCGCAUCUCGAAACGCCCAUGUACAGUUCUGUGAAGAGCAGGCUGACCAAGUACUUGGAGCAGAUAUUCUUUUGCCUGUACCAACAUCCAAACAGGGUGAACAAAACGCGACCGAAGUAUCUUCAGGAACACGGAGUACCCGGAAUGGAUUUGACUUGGGACGGGGCGCAGCUGCUGUUCGAGUUUUACAAACCGAAACAGCUGCCGAACUUUCAGUCCCCCAGAAUCGUAUCCAUCAGCACGGACACGGAGAUCCUGUUUAAGAGAAUAAUCAAAUUGGUCCCGCAGGAAAGCGAUCCGAAUCAGAUAGUAGAAGAGAUGACGGCGUACAUACUCGGCGCGAGGGAUAAGAUGCCGAGCGUGACGAAACCCCUGCCGCACUCGAUAUCCACCAUUUACUACUUGCUGGGCGAUUUUUAUUUCAAGAACAAUAAGUGGGAACACGCAUGCCGGUAUUGUCUACUGGAUUUGUGCCUGUAUCCAAAGGGAUUGAAUUCGUGGGCGGGUUUAGCUAUGGCAACGGGCAGCAUAAUAGAGAAUUGGUUGAACAGUUACAAACCUAUAGGAAAGGAUAAGUUUCUCAAUAAGGCAAAAAUGGCGCAGUCGAGUUAUCAACAUGCCAUCGAGCUGGCGCCGGGUCAUUCCGUAAUUUGGACAGAAUACGGGAAUUUCGUUUACAUGGUCCAUUCGUUUUGUUCGCGAUUGCUCAAGCAAGAGACCGACACGUUGAGCAUGGAGAGAUUCGAAAUUUUGGAAACUAGAAAGGAAGAGAUGCUGAAGAUCGCGAAUCAGUGCUUCGAAUCCGCUAACCGGAUAUGCCAGACUAUCGAGGAGCCGUCCAUACAGCAUGACGAGAGAUGGCUUUACCAAUAUAUGCUUGGUAAAGUCGCAGAGAAGAAAAAUCAGGAUCCUCCAGUAUUCUUGGAACAUUACGCAAAGGCUAGUGAAUUAUUGUACGAGAAUAACGCUCAAUACCCACGUAGAAUAAGCCACAAGAGUUCACAGAAUCUAUCUAUAGAGGCCCUAGAAGUUCAUUAUCGCAUUCAUGCGAGUAUACUGAAGUAUUUGGAACAACACGAGGGAAAGCCGCUGAAGAAAUCACUAGGUCAGUUGUUCCAUUGGCAUCUCAAAAAUUGCUCCGAGGGGCCGUUCAUGAAGUAUCAGCCUAAGCUUAACGAUAAGAAAAAAGAUGAGAGCGACGUUGAGAAAAGUGUUUCGAAGGAAGUCGACGGUACAGCUGAUACGGAUAAAAACGCAGCAGUAUGUCAACGAUCAAAUAGUAUCGAAGAGAUAGAGAUUAUAGAUAAGUCGAGCAAGAUCUCCGAUAUUAAUUCCGCGGUACUGGGAAAGUCCGAGAGCCGUAAGAGAUUUCCCGAUGAGCUGUCGCACGACAGUACGAAGAGAAUAAAAUUGAGCAGCGUCUCGCAUUUGCAAUUGAUGCAGGACGUCGUAGCCUUAAUAGACGAUUUGAUCACCAAAGUCUGCGACAUGGUGUCGCAGAAGGAGAAAGAAAGGAGCGACGAUGUAAUGAUCAUAUCCAGCGACGAGAGUACAAACGAGACGAAAUUGCAAAAGAAGAAGCUGGAGAGUAAGAGCGCCGAUAAAACGAAAUCGCAGGCAAAGGCCGAGGAGGGCAAGAAAGGCCCCGUAAACGUGCUGACAGUUGAACAAAAUUCUGAACAAAAGACCGAUGAUGUACAGGAGUUGAUGGACGCUCUCAUGAAACAGGCAAUGGAAAUUAGCCAGGAAACCCAACAAUCCUCGGCGGACGAUGAGGAUACCAGAAGAUUCGACGGCAAGUGGUUGCAGAACGAAGAUUUGCAAACUACUGAAAAGGAAAAUAAAGACAAAAUAGAAGAUAGGAGAAAAGCGCAAGCCAAUGCGAAUGAAGAAAUGACUUUAAGCAGGAGGGGCUCUCAAGAAAGCACCACGACUACGCAGACCACAACCACGACCACGGAGACAAAUAAUUCCAGCUCCAGUAGCAGCGAGGAAUCCAGCAGUAGCGACGACAGCUCCGACAGCGACAGCUCCACCGACAGCGACAGCGAAUCCGUCGAGAGCGACGCGGACAAAAAGAAGAAAGAGUCUGAUAACGCAGACGAUGAGGAACAGAUGCCGGAGGAAGAGGUGGCGACAUUAAUCGCGUAUUGCUUGGCUGGUUUGGAACAGUGUGUAUUAAGGUUCGCGGAACAUCACAAGUCGUUUUAUAGACUGUCACACUUCUUCUUCAACAAUAAAAAGGCGAAGAACAUCACAAAGUGUAAGGAUAUCUUAUUAGGAACGUAUACUUGUCAAUUCUAUCCCGGACAAACUUUUCAAGGACUUUUUGCCGAGAGAAGGAGUACCAACUUUUUUAAUGGGGUGUGGCACAUUCCGGUCAAUGAAAUUGACAGACCCGGAAGCUUUGCUUCACACAUGUCGAAGUGCGUGACGCUGCUUAUGCAGGUGUUAAAAGAGAGCAACGACAGCCGAAUGUUAAUGCAACUGUGCAUACAGCUCGGAAAGAUUCCGGAUUCAGACAAGAAAUACUUACGUGAUUCUGAGAGGGAACAAUUAUCUCGACAAGCUCUGACGCUGUGUCAGCAGUCGCUCAGGAGCAGAGUUCAGGCGAUGGGCUCGGCAAGCACGAUCGACAGCGUACACCUCAUUAGAACGGACGCUAGAACACAAGUGCUACUUGACGUAUACGAAACAUAUCAACUCGUCCAAAAGCAUUUGCAGGGCAAAGAUUCGACUAUCCAGGCAUUUGCAACAUUAUUGACGGAUACGUACAAGAUGUAUAUAGGAAAUAAAAACCUGGAAGGAAACGUCUUGGAUAUCGCUAUUAAGUGUUGUCAACGUCAGAUACAAGCAAACAAAAUUGCAUCUAUUAACAGCAACACUAGCUCUCACGUGCCACCCCAGGUCGUCGUCUCUACUGUUUCGGCGCCCGUUCCACAAGCGCCAGUGAACUCGACGUCCCCGCAGGCGUUGCAGGCUCGCAAACCGCAUAGAAAUUUGACGUCUACCGGACGUCCGAGGGGACGGCCACCUAACGUUAACAAAUACUUGCAACAGAGUGGCAGCAUGAUGAAUCAGUUCAGCUCCAAGAAUAACUUCGCGAAUUACAUGGGCGCGUCCGGGCCGAAUCGCUCUAUGAUAAAUCCCUAUUUCAUGAAUCCGUUAGUCAACGCGAACAUGUUGUCGGCUAUACUGGCCGAUCCCCUGGCGGCUAUGACCUAUUUGAAUCAAGUAGAAAGUUAUCAAGAUAUCCUCAGGCAGUAUCAGAGCAACCUGUCGUCCUUGACCAAUCUCGCGAGCGGCUUAAACAAUCCCGGCACCACGAUAACCAGCAUCAGCAAUGUUUCGACCAUGAGUACAUCCAGCUCUAAUAUUAACACCUCGAGUAACAUCGCUAAUUUAGGUGGUCUAAAAAGUUCCGUAGAUCCUAUGACAGCGUCGGUGCAACAAUUGCUGAGCUUAAGUAAUUCUACGGCGCCGACUACCUCACGACCGGCGUCCAUGUACCAUCAAGCGGCGGCCAAGACUAGCACGACUAUAUCAAUAACGAAGGACAGACCUAACAUAUCUAUAACGCCGGUAAGCACCUCGAUGGUCCAGCAGCCCCAUCACAAGACGACGAAGCAGCCGAGCGCGCAGAACGAAUCGGUGUUGCCCGUCCACAUUCCUAAAUCCCUUCAGAUAUCGCCGACGAAACCGGUAUUACACUCGUCCAGCGCGACGGCGCAGGUAUCGCUGCUCAAGCCGUCCAUCAUUCAGCAGGUGAAGAGCAGCCCGCCCAAGCAGAUGGGCGCUCCGCAAAUACGAGUCUCGAAAUCGUUGACCGAGCCGCAACCCGCGCACAAUCCAUCACUGUCGCACUCGCCUCUGAAGAACAGCGGUAGCGCCGUGACGACGAAUCCGGUCGCGGCCAUGCCGCACGUCGCCCACGCGUCCAUGGCCGCGCCGGUGAUCAUGAAACAACAGCAGGCAUUGCCCAUGAACUUACCGAGCGUGUCGCGCUCCGGCACGUCGCUGCAGCACAAAUUACUGUCGAAGAAGAACUCCCAGCGACCUUACACGGCGCAAACGAACGUGCAGAGUCAUCCCGUGAGGAAGGUAAAGUCGGUGACAGCCAAGACGACGACGACUGCGGUGGCGACGGCGGCGGCGGCGGCGAUGCCAGUGUCGAUGUCUGGCAAUUUUCCAAAUCUGCUGAACGCGAUGUCAUCGGCAGGUUCCGCCGCGAUGUCGCAACCGCCUUUUAUACCUUCGGAAUUAAGCGGCCUCUCGGUGAGCGCCGUCGGUUCGCAGCCGCCCGGCGUUAUCAAGAGCGCCGCGACCGCGGCCGCCAAGUAUCAUGCUUACAAGAAGUCGGUCAGCAAGCCGAAACCGCCCGCGACGCCGGCGAUGGAGGUCCCGAGCUCGUUGUCGGCCACAUUCCCCUCCGGCAGCUCGGUCGAGGCGCUCUCGAUGCUGUCGCAAUUACAGCAGCACUCGCAUCUGGAGAUAAUACCGCAGCAGAAGGCGCCGCUGAAGCCGACUAUGGAGCGCAUAGAUUAUGCGAAAAAUCUCUCGUCCUCCGUGAGUGUGGUGCCGCCGAAGGUCCCGGAGACUUUGAGGCCGUCAUCGACCGCCGACUGUAGGAUAUACGAUGCAGCCAGAGGAAAAACCGCGAACGAAAAGCUGCUUGCGAAGAAGCCACAAGAUAAGCUUCUCCUUGAUAACGUUGAAAUUAUAACAUUGGACGAUUAGAAUCGCUCAAAUAAGUCACGUGCAACCGACAUACUUUUGCACUUAUAAUACUUUGUACGUUUUUUUUUUACAAUUAUUUUCGCCUGAUAACGUUAUAUCGUUAACUCGUUGCAUUGAGACGAUGAAUUGUAUUUGUGCAAUAGCGAUGAUACCUCAGUGGAAAGUACUCCUUUUAGUUUGUUAUCACUACGUUUCAUGCGUUUCGUAAGUCUAAUACCCCGGCUCCGAGUUAUUAAACUAGAAUACAGAAAUCAAUUGCGUGUAAAAUUAUCGAAUUCCAAUGCAUCGAAUUAAUAUAUGUCUGAUUUAUAGCGAAUUCAGAAGGACGCGCUAUUGCGCAUUGGUGCACGUUAAAGUCGUACACAAAUUAACACGAAGGUAUAAUAUAAAUAUAGAGUAAUUUAUGAAUUAAACCGCGAAUAAUUCUUAAUAUACUUUAAAAUUUAGCAAAAUAGUUGUAAAUUUAAUAAAAUGUUUAGUAAAAUACAAUAAUUGUAGAAAAAAAAUAUUUAUCCGUCGGAACAUGCAAUUGCAAGCAAUUCGCCUGAGCUUUCAUCCGCUUUGUAAUUGCCAAGAUCGACAUUCUGAGAAUAUCCCGAUGGACGCCACUCUUGUGAUCUUGAGUUACUUACUUAUAAUUUAAAGGUCCGACAUCCCAUAUUUGUAUACAUAUGUAAUUGGUAAUUCGGAAUAUUUAUAUUUUAUUUUUACACUCUGAUUAUUUUCAAUAUACAACAGCUUUAAUAUGCACCAAUGCGUACUACUAAUCGGGAAUUCGCUAUUAUAAUAUAUAAACGUAGUAAAUUGUUUUUUUUUUAAUUGUUAUUAGCAGUAAAUUAUAGAAUUAUUUGUGACAAAAGUGUUCUAUCCUAUGUAUAUAUGUGUAUUUUGUUUCUUUACUGUAAAAUUUUUUCAUUCUACAAAGAUAAUGAUCGGUUCUCUAACGUUGUAAUUAGUCGUAAUUUAAUUACUAGUAAUCUACUAAUUUUUCUUGAUUGGAGGAUACACAUACACACUCACAUAUUCUAACAAAUUUACGUAUUAAAAUCAGUUAUUCUUUUUUAUAAUUAUUUUAUUCUUAAAGGAGUACAAAUGAAACUUCAAUACGCACUUUCUAAUGUUAUUAAUCAUAAAAUAUUAAAUUUCCAUAACAUUUAAUGAUAUUAAAUUUAGAUAAAACCGAAAAACUUCAAAUUAUGAAUUUUUGGUUGUAUACAUACCUUUCACUAGAAAGUAAAUUUAAUUAAUUUAUCAUUAUACACUCACAGAGAUAAAUGAAAUAAUGCAUUGCUUUUUCACGAAUCCUACUAAGGUAUUUCUGCAUAAGGAAACAUUAUUUUUCUACUGUAUGUACUUGAUAGUAAUGAUAUCUUUUUUCUACAGGAACAACAGAUCUAAUGUAAUUAGCUUCGGAAAACGUGAACGUUUUCUAAAGACAAUUUGUAUAAGUAUGUCUAACGUAUGUCUGAUAUUAAAGACAUUCGGAACAAAGAAUUACCAGCUUCACUUGUUAACUAUUUCUAUUUCUAUUUUAUUUCAUCGUUUGCCAAUUCUCGUUCUCACACAAGUUUUACAUUUUUAAAACUAAAAUUACGUAACGAUAAGGUAAUUCUUCGUGAUAACGUAAAUGCAUUCUAAAUAUAAGUUGCGAAAUUGUUUAUUUAACUAAAGCAGGAUAUACACCGAACGAACGCGAAUGGAUAUUCAUAUUCGUGCUUCUAAGUCAUUUGUCCCGUUUCUUGAUUAUUCGGAUUAUUCUGCAUAUAGCAAUUGAAUUCGUGCAAUAAAUAAUAAUAACAGACGUUCGGUGUUCGUUCGUAAAUGUAUAUUCGGCUUAACGGGGGAAAAAAUACUUUUUAGGAGAAACGUUUAAAAUUUUUAAUGUCAACAUUAUAAAAUUUAGGAAUACAACAAAUUUUCGCACAAUA